AUGCCGGUGAAGAACCGGUACAACCUGGUGGACGAUGGCUGCGACUCCCGCGUCCCGCUGCACAACGAGGAGGCCUUUCAGCACGGCAUCCACUUCCAGGCCAAGUACAUCGGGAGCUUGGAUGUCCCCAGGCCCAACAGCCGCGUGGAGAUCGUGGCAGCCAUGAGAAGGAUCCGGUACGAAUUCAAAGCCAAGAACAUUAAGAAGAAGAAGGUGAGCAUCAUCGUGUCUGUGGACGGGGUAAAGGUGAUCCUGCGCAAGAAGCAGAAGAGAAAGGAGUGGACCUGGGAUGAGAGUAAGAUGGUGGUGAUGCACGAUCCUGUGUACAGAAUUUUCUACGUCUCUCAUGACUCGCAAGACCUGAAAAUAUUCAGUUACAUCGCAAGGGACGGCGCAAACAACUCCUUCAGGUGCAACGUCUUCAAAUCCAAGAAGAAGAGCCAGGCCAUGCGCGUGGUGCGCACCGUGGGACAGGCCUUCGAGGUGUGCCACAAGCUGAGCCUGCAGCACGCCCUGCAGAACGCCGACGGGCAGGCUGACGGUGCCAGUGACAAAUCAGCCGAGGAGCAGCCACUGGAAGUUCACCAGAUAAAGGGCUCCAAGAUCACGGAUGUGGAUGAGGUUGGCAUCGAUACUGGUGGCAUCUGUGUGUCCGAGAGGGGACCCAGAGAACUGCCAGGUGCCAGGGGGGACUUCAGCAUGCUGAAACCUGGGCAAACCUCAAAGGAGAAGAACAGCCAGGGAGAACGGCCCCAGGAGACGCAGCCCUGGCAGUGCAAGCACCCGGGGCACAUUCAGCUUGACCAGCAGCUCCACAUUAAUGAAUGGGUGCUCCACAGAGCUCCGGGAGCACUUCCCGAAGGCCUGAAUGGCAUCGCUUCAGCUCACGCAACAGAUGCCGAAAACUGUUCCCUCCACUUGGCCAGCUCCCAGCAGCUGCUCAGCCCGAGCAGCCCCUGCUCCUCGGCCUCCAUCACCCCGCUGGCCUCCCAGCACUGCCUCCAGCUGCUCCAGCAGCAGCUCCUCCAGCAGCAGCAGCAGACACAGGUGGCUGUGGCCCAGGUGCAGCUGCUGAAGGACCAACUGGCGGCCGAGACAGCGGCGCGGAUCGAGGCGCAGGCCCGGGUGCGGCAGCUCCUGCUGACCAACCGCGACCUACUGCAGCACGUCUCGCUGCUGGUGCGGCAGCUGACAGUGCUGGAGGCCCGGGAGGAGCACCGGGAUGAGCAUCGGCAGCCGGUUGACCGCUCCUUGCAAAACCUGUCCCUGGCCCAGUCCCUCUCCCUGAACCUGAAGAACCACUACAGCCUGGACGUCCACCUGCCCUCCACCUCCACCCCCGCCAGCAUCCUGGGCAGCCCCGUGGCCCCUGGCUCGCUGCCUUCCCUGGGCCCCAGGGACUCCUACCUCAACCUUGUCAGCCUGGACAGGGGCAGCCAGCGCUAUGGCAGCAAGGAGGGGGACGAGUGCCUGGCAGUGCUGGAGGGACAGGAUGGGCUCAGCCGGCGCGUGGAGGGCUCUGAGGUCAGCGACUUCGCUCUGCUCAACGGGAGCAGCCGGCAGAAAGCGGAGGACACAGACAGAGGGGACGAGGACAGGCAGGAGCCGCCCAUUCCCAAACUCAACCCGCCCCCACCCAUCCUGCGAAAAAGGUCAAGCAAGACCUCCCCAAGCCUGGAAGUGGAGGUGAAGCCUGAGAGCACUGCCCACCUGAGCCUACCCAGUGCCAGCAUCUCCAGCCUCACCAGCAUUACUGCCAGCUCACUCACCCUCUUGGACCCCGAUGCAAGGACUCCUGCACGGAGUGCUGCCUCCAGCACAGAACCUGGCCCUGCUGGUUCCUGCCAGCGCACUCUGGGCAAGGACAGGACUGGAGAGAGCGGGCCAAUGUCCCCCUUGGCCAGCAUCCAUGACCCGACAGCCAGUGAGACUCUGGCCAAGGAGCUGGUGGCCUUGGGCAGCCCCACGGACAGCUCACUGCCCUUCUCCCCUGCAGAUGACACCUGCUUGCACAUCAGCUUCUCUGAAGAUGAGUUGGACACUACUGUGGGGCCCAGAAGAGUCCCGUCUUAG